AACAUACUCUAGCGUAGAAGAAGAGUUUUUCCGUCCAAUCAGCGUAGCGUCUUGCUCAAACCAGAAGCGACCGACUUUCACCAUUCAUUCCUGUCUUAAGACUGUAAACGCUGGGGAAUACUCCGAAAAAGUACAGGCUGUAGGAUGUCCUGUAACACCAGUGUUACUCACGUUCGUGUGUCGUCUGUGAGCCAGGCGCAGGGGGUGCCAGUCCACCUAAUGCCAUGUGAGAUUGAACACAAUGGUCCGGCAGAGGUGUCACAGUAUUUUACUGCUACCACAAAAGACCACAAGCAUGAGAAGACUGUGUCAUUCAGGGGUCGCGGGCUGAAGGGGCAGGAAAUCAGAUGUCCUGAGGGCUACACUGGUCUGGUGCUGAAAGAGAUUAGCAAGCCCGGCUCUGACCAAGAGGAUAGGACAGUGAAAGUGUCCUCUGUAUUUGACAAGCUGACAUACUGGAACCUAGAGACUCCUCCAAAUUCUGAUGAUACAGUUGUGCUGGCAAUGGAUUGGCCUAAGAUGGCUGAGGCGAUCCAUGGUCCAGUAGAAGACUGAACAUUGAUAAAACAUCCUGAUAAAAGGGAUCAGAUUGGUGUCAGUAAAAAGACUUCAGAAAUGUAACCACUCCGUUCAGUCUCACUGUGGCAGUGCAAAAGGUAACAGUUAUAUAUAUUUUUUUGUGAAAUAAAGAACAAUGAAAGGUAA